AUGGUAAUACUCUGGAUCUUAGCUGUAUCCCGAUCUAUUGGUGAUGUGUACUUAAAAAGAUAUGGUGUUAGUCCCGUGCCUGAAGUGAUAGGUUGGCGGCAUUUAACUGCCAAUGAUUGCUAUUUGGUUGUUGCAUCUGAUGGCAUCUUCGAGAGUUUGAAACCACAGAAAGUUUGUGAUCUUUUAUGGGAUGCAAAUGUCCAAGUAAAUGAAAUGUCCAAAAGCUCAUGUUCAUGUUCAUCCUCUUCCUCAUUGGCUGACCGCAUUGUCAACAAAGCGUUCAAGAAAGGCAGUAGGGACAACUUGUCAGCUGUUGUAAUUCCACUGAAUUUUACUGGUUUUCCCCAAGAACCCGCUGGACAGAAUUUGUGAUUUUGGAAAAUCAGCCAUUUUAGCCUUUCAAAAGGCAUCUGCAAUCAGAUCGAUAUUCUUCAAGUUUCUACUUUGACAAACAGAGCAUGUUUUUCAUUUGCUCUGAAACUCAUUUGAGAUAGGAUUGAUAACUUUUGAAAGUUAAGAGUUUUAGAGUUUUCAUGUACUAUUGAGGUUUUGGAGCGUUUUUUUUUUUAAUAUUUUUUAUAAUCGCUACAUUGUGGGUAGAAUACUACCAUGCUAUGUUUGGGACCUAGGAUUUGUUCAAGGGAAAGGAAAAGAAUUUUUUUUGUCAAUACAUUUGAGUGGAGAAUAAUGAUGAUGUACUCGUGAAUGUCCAGUUUAACAUACUUCGCAUAA